AUGGAUAAUAAGGAGAAUGAAAAGUAAGCUAAACUAAAGGAAUUUCAAAGGAGAUUCCCAAACUAUAUGAAUGGUAAGAAGGUGAUAUUUCCCAUUAUGGAUGAGAUAAUUGUUCAAUUUUCACAGAUAUUUCCUUAGAGUAAUCAAUUUGGAAAGAUGAGAGAAGGGAACGUAAUUAAGACCUUUUCUCCUAUUCCUUUAAAUCAAUAAAUCGAGAUUACAACUUUCAUAAAUGCCUUUCCAUAUAAUUAGUAAUUCGCAGCUAUGUCUGAUAGCUAAGGUGAGUUUUGA